AUGGGUGUGCUGUUGAAGACUCCUCCGAACACAAAGGUCCAAGGUGACUUUUGCGGCUGCCACUCGAUUCUUCGAGGCGAGGCUGCUCUGCUUUGCGCAGUGGCGUGUCCGGGCACCGCGACACUGCGCAGAAGCCUGUUACAGAUCUUGGAAGAGAGGUGCUCUGAUCACACGCAGCUUGGAAAGUCCUGCCAGUUCAACAGCGACUGUGAUUUGCUGUUUCCUCCGAUUGGCCAAGAGUCGAAGCUCGAAUGUGACAUCGAAACCUGGAAGUGCAAGUUGCAGUCCUCCAUGUUGCAGCCACAGCAUGUUCUUCGGGGCUCCGUGUGCAUCGCGAGGGCGAGUACGAUGCCGCCCUUGGGCCAAUGGCAAGCACAGUACCUCCUCGCACAUCUGGCAAAGACCAACUCGUCAUUGUUCUUGUCCGUGGAGGUGCAGGAGGGCUGCAGCUUGCCGGAUGCGAAUGUCACCGACAACCUCGUCAGUGCACACAACGGCGGAAGCUCAUACUUGAAGCAGGAGGUUAACUUCCAGACCACAGUCACCCGCACUAGCACCACAACAUCCAGCACCACUACUUACGGCAACUUCACAAAUACCUCCGACGAAGAGACCAUUGACCCAGCCCCGUCACCACCGGAACAGAACACGACGACUACGACCACGCCAAGUUUUCCCGGCAAAAUGCAGGUGCGGACAUCUCCGUUGCUUAUCUUUGGAGCGGGUGGUGUGCAGACACUGACAAUCAUCGCAAAUGCAACGCCGGAUGGUACUGGGAUGGAGGAGCUGGAAACAGCAGCUGCAAGGCUGCAGGCCAGUCUUGGAGCCUACGUGUCUCAGGAGACAAUUCCAGAUGUGACGUUCUCCGACAUGACGACAGAGGUACCUGACGUGGAAGUGAUAGUGUUCAGCGAGAGGGAGGUGAGCAGCUCCCUGAUCUCCAAUGUUAGCUAUGCCAUCAUGGGCACAGCGCUGACCAGUGUGACGUACGAGGAACCGGAACUCUGCAGCGAUGCAGAGUUUGAGUGCGCGCCCGGC